UACAUUAACUUAGCUGUCAGAUGCUCCGUCCUUCUCAUGUGAACCCGAGACGAAACAUCACACAAAUUGAAGGCUGCUGGAAACUGUCUUGACAGUUGACUUUCAUCACCACCUCCUGCUGCCACCACCUGCUUUUAUAGAACGACAUUGCUGUGACUGCUGAUCUGUCUUCCUUAGAUAUGUCAGAAGCCUGGGCCUUAUUGUUUCUCCUCCUGUCGGGGGGGAAGGCAUUCAUGAUCCACAAUACCCAGCACUGCCUGUGUCUGGAGGACUCAGUGGACACUGGUGAAGUCCUUCUAAGGAAGUGCAACCUGGACUCAAAGUCUCAGCAGUGGAACUGGAUCGACCAGGGCAUGCUGAUGUGUGUGGCAUCAUUCAGAUGUUUGUCAGCCCAGCAGGGAAAACUGGUCCGGACCCAGUCUUGCCAUGAGCUGGAGGUGGAUGUUAAAGGGCACAUGUGGGACUGCGACAGGGGCAGACUAAUCAACAGAAACACAUCCAUGCUAUUGUCAGUCAGUGGCCAGCAUCUGAUUCUAACACAGGGCAGCGAACAGUCAAAGUGGAAAUCUCUGGAUGAGGGGGACAUCUGCCAGGAAAGACUCAGGCUCAGGAGGGCAGCAGAUGAUGUAGAAGAGUUUGAUCCCGCAGAAGAGCAAGCAGAAGAUGAGCCGGCCAUGACGGAGGAGCAGAGGGAGUAUCUCCGCUGGUUCUACCGCACAGAGGACCCAACUAUAUGGAAGUUUGUGCUGCUGGGAUUGGCGUUCGUCUGCCUUCUUAUUGGUUUUCUGCUGCUGGGAAUGGGAGCCAUGGCCAACAAGAGCAGAAAGAAGAUCGCUAAGUACAAGGCAGCAGCAUCUCUGGCUCAGAAAAGUGACGGUGAAGAACUGCAAGUCAUUUCAUCCCUCACAGACAACAGUGCAUCUCCACGAUCAGACAGGCGACUGCAGCCAAACCAGUCCCCAAUGUCCAACAGGGACGCAAAAUCAGGAGACAUUGUAGUCACAUGGAAAGAUGGCAACACCUCUUGCCUGUACUCCAAUACAGAGGAGGAGGAGCAGGAGGAGGAAGUGAAGGAGGAACAGGAGGAGGUGUUGGCUGCUGAGCUGGACGCGAUAAAGAGUAGUGACCUCAGCCUGUAACCCAGAGUAUGAUGCUUUGCUUGAGGUGUUUCUAAAAACCUCAACUUUGAUGGGCUGGAAAGUUACACUACACAACAGCGAAUGAGAUCAUUAAACAAAGCUCGCUCAGAAAGAAUAUGUCAGAUGUUCUGAUGUGGUCUAAUACUAACUGAGUUCACAAGUAAAUACAUCAAUCAAAUAAUAAAUACAUGAAUAAAAAUAAUUUGUUACUGUUUGAAGUCUCAAAUGUUGCCUCAAAUGUCCAUAGAUCAAUAAAUAAUUUCAAAGUGC